AUUCCCACUAUAUAUACACUUCACAUUUCAUGCAAUUCUAUCAUCAAACAUUCCCCUCUCUCUCUCUCUCUCUCUCUCUCAAAUGGCAAUUCUCUCGAAUUUAUCAUUCCUAUCAGCUUUUCUCGCCCUAGCCUGCUUCGCCGCCGCCGAUUUCAACCGCGACGCGGAGAUCACAUGGGGCGACGGCCGCGGCAAGAUACUCGACGGCGGCCGCGGCCUCUCUCUGUCGCUGGAUCAAUACUCCGGCUCCGGAUUCCAGUCGAGGAAUGAGCAUCUGUUCGGGCGAUUCGAUAUGCAGCUCAAGCUCGUCCCCGGAAACUCCGCCGGAACCGUCACCACUUUCUUCUUGUCGUCUCAAGGCGCCGGCCACGACGAGAUCGACUUCGAGUUUCUGGGGAAUUCGAGCGGGAAUCCGUACACUGUUCACACUAAUGUAUACUCGCAAGGGAAAGGCGAUAAGGAGCAGCAGUUUCAUCUCUGGUUCGAUCCCACCGCCGCCUUCCACACCUACUCCAUCGUCUGGAAUCCCAACAGGAUCAUAUUCCUAGUGGAUAACAGCCCCAUCAGAGUGUUCAACAACCACGCCGGCGCCGGCGUGGCUUUCCCGGCGACGCAGGCGAUGCGGGUCUACUGCAGCCUGUGGAACGCCGACGACUGGGCCACGCAGGGCGGCCGCGUGAAGACGGACUGGACCAAGGCUCCCUUCACCGCUUACUACCGGAACUUCAAGAUCGAUUCGUGCGCGGCCGGAACCUCGUGCGCGAGCCAGGAGCUCGACGCGAAGGCGAGAAACAGGCUCAGGUGGGUUCAGCAGAAACACAUGGUUUACAAUUACUGCGCAGAUUCCAACAGAUUCCCUCAGGGAACCUCUGUCGAGUGCAAGCGUUCCAGAUUCUGAACAAGAUUCAUUAGAAUGUGUAAUUAUUGUUUGUUCAUUUUGUGUGUCUAUUAUUCUUGAUUUCUUAUUUUGUUACAUUCUUAUUCAAUUUCAUGUAAUGACGUUACUUGAUAACUUGAAUAAAUUUACAUUUUUAUUUA